UUCAAUUUAGUGCACGCUGUCUGCAUAUUUUACAAUUUAGCUGGAAAAGUUUGUAACUGAUCAUUUUGUUCUGACCUCCCCUCAGAGGGAGUGCUGUGCAGACUUGCUGAAAGCUGGGCUUUCUGCUUAUAUUACGCUAAAAAUGCCCAAUGUUUACCAUAUUCUGAGAGUGUAAAUUCAGCUUUAGCCUGGUGUGCCUUAUUGUUUUCCAUAGCUGUCUGAAGAUGUCUAGCCAGAAGGGAACAGUAGGUGCUGGCAACUUUGGAUGGCUACAAAUAAUGGCUAACCCUGAAAUGUGUUUAGAUUCAUCCUGGCUUAAAAGUAUUUUGGAGACAGGGCAAGCUGUGGGACACCCAGAGCAGUGUGCUAUAGGUGCCAUGAUCUCUUCCCUCCAUUCAGCCGCAGGACUCUCCCUAAUAAUGCUGGAAGUUAAAAUGAAUCAUUUAUGAGCAUCAGUAGACACAUGGGUGGGGCCUCUUUUAAAACAGGUAUUUUGUUGAUGCAACACAUGUGACAGCCUCUUAGUUCUGAAUAUAAGUGUUACUGAGAGGAAAUUAGGUUGGUUGGCAGAGGAGAUCAGCCAGACCUUGCAGUGCGUCUUGCUGAGGAGCUGGUAUCUCCAUCAAUACUGUGCUUCAGAUACCAGUACAUGCAGAAGAAAAAUGGAAGUUAUUGAGCUGGGAGAAGUCGACUUGAACUGUCCUUCCAACUGUCAAAUACAUAAUACCCAUUUCUUCGGAACUGACAGACAGAUAAUAAGGAGAGGGCAAGCCUUCAGCUUUUAUGCUCGUUUCCAAAAUCGGGAAUGGGAUGACUCCGUGGACCAAGCUGUUUUCACCGUGGAGACAGGCCUCAGACCCUGCGAAUCAAAUGAGACAAAAUGCACCUUCCCAAUGGGCAGAUGUCUGGAUCAAACCUGUUGGAGUGCUUCCUACAAAGUUCAUCAGCCAAAAUGCAUCAGUAUCAGCGUGUUUCCUCCCUCCAAUGUCUGCAUUGGCCGUUAUAUUCUCAAUAUGCAAAUCACAUCUUGUGGUCACACAUACCAGCGGUGUCUUGGAGAUUUUUAUGUCCUUUUUAACCCUUGGUGUGCAGAUGACCCCGUGUAUUUGGACAGUCAGGCCCAUAGAGAAGAAUACAUUCUGAAUGAACAUGGAAUACUGUAUGAAGGAGUUCACAAGCACAUAACCUCUCGACCGUGGCACUUUGGACAGUUUGAAGAUGGGAUUCUGGAUAUCUGCUUGAAGAUCUUAGAUAUGGGUGCAAGUUACCAUCACGGCUCUGAUCGUGACCACUGUUGGCGUAAUGACCCUGUGCAUGUCAGCAUGGUGGUGAAUCACAUGAUAAGCAGCCAUACCACUAGCAGUAUCAUGAAGAUUCCAGAAAACAAUGAUUACCUGAAAGGAACAAAGCCAUUUUCCUGGAAUGGAAGUGUCCCUAUUCUACAGCAGUGGUACAGUGGCAGAUGCAGGCCGGUCAGAUAUGGGUACUGUGGAUCUCUUGCUUCAGUAAUGUGCACAGUGAUGAGGUGUUUGGGAAUUCCAAGCCGUGUUGUCACAAGCUUCUGUUUUCCUUGCUCAAUUGAGAAUCCCCUUGGAAUCAAUGAGAUUUUUGACUCUACUGGUAAAAACCUAUGUGGCAAAGACAAGCUAUGGCGAUACCACUGCUGGAAUGAGUCUUGGAUGGCUCGCAGAGACAUUAAUCAGUGCUGCGGUGACUGGCAGUGUCUGGAUCCAACACCUCUGGAAACAGGCAGAGGUUCAGCUUGCAGCGGUCCUACAUGGGUUCGAAGCAUCAGGGAAGGGGAACUGGACUUGGAUUAUGAUGGUCAUCAUAUGUUUUCUCGAGUAAAUUCAAACUACGUUGGCUGGCUUUCCCAAAACAAUGCCAAAAGAACAAAAUUUUUCUGUGACACAUGGCCAUGUGGACAACGUCUAAUCACCAAGAGUGUUGGCAGUGAGCAAUUUGAAGACAUCACAGGCGCUUACAAGUAUGAACUAGGUUCUGUGAAAAACAAAGAAGCCUAUUACCGGGCUUACAGAAGAAUUCACCCAGGGUAUUGCAAUGCUUCAAACUGUCAUAUUGACAGAGAGUUAUCAUCUCUGAAAAACCCAUUUCUGAGCGACUCCGGAGUUAACAUGAGGUUAAAGAUGGCUAACUGCCCAAUGUAUGGUGAAGAUGUCCAACUGAACUGGCUGCUUGAAAAUUUGCGUAAUGAGACCAAAACCCUGAAGUUUAAUUUGUGCGCACAAAUUAUAACCUACAGCGGUUGUCCAAUGGAUCAGUUUUGGAAAGACUGUGUGAAUGUCACAUUGGGUCCAAGGGAAGUGAAAAAAAUUCCGAUGUGUAUAUCAUAUAACCAAUAUGGACCUUAUCUCUGUGAUCACAACAUUAUGAAAGUAGUUGCUGUCUCAGACCCAGAGUGUGGAGAAGUUCUGAUGGUGAGCAGGGAUAUUGUGGUCAAUAGACCACCUGUUAUUGUAAAGCUACUGAGCCAACCCAGACUGAAAGUACCAUGUACUGCAGAGAUCUCCUUCUGUAAUCCUCUGCAGGAAGAUAUGAAGAAUUGUGUAAUGACAUUAGAAGGCUGUGGUUUAUUCAAAGAGCCAAUGACCAUUGAUUUGGGAACGCUGGCAUCCAACCAACAGGCACGGACCAUCGUGGAGUUCACACCUUACAGGCUUGGCAGUCACUGGCUCCUGGCCAACCUUGGGUGCCACAAGUUUGCCUACUGCAAGGGAUGUGCCAAAGCUGAAGUGUGUUGCUCCGCAGGCCAGAACGGUGUCCUGCCCAUCAGCCAGAACGGGUCACUCCCAACGUGUGAGAACGGCUCCGUCCCCAUGAACGGCUCUGGGCCUGUCCCUGUGGCAGACCCUGCGUUCAACUCCAUGUGUGAAUAUAUCUGUAUCCCAGUGUGCAACCCAAACUGCAGCGCAGGGGGGCAGCCUGUGUACGAUUUCGUGUACCUCCCUGCAGGCCAUCCUUUGUGCAAUUCCAUCUGCAACCAAGGCUUCAAUCCAAGCAUCAAUCCCGGGUUUGAGAUGGGAUGCGAUCCUGGCUUCCGUGUCGUAUGCGAGACUGUGCCUCCUGCUGCGUGUGCCCCAGUGCCUCCAUCCGUGUACAGCUCCGUGCCGGCCCCAGCAUCCAACCCUGUUUGCACCCCUAUGCCUCAUGUGGUGUUUGAGACAGGUCCUGCUCCCACACACCCCUCUGGAGGUGGAGGGGGGCCGAUGUCCUAUUCUGUCUCUGUCCCCGCGAAUAAUGCGGUGAGUGCGUUGCUGACCCACUUCAUGGCUGGCCCCAGUCCCAGUGGGGCGGCCCAGGCGGUCCCUAUGUCUGCUCCGCCAUCCUACUCCAUGUGCUCCCCGGUGGUCCACACCAUCGGUAAUCCCAUGCAGCCUCCAACUCCCCUUUCAGUGCCCGGUGCCUCCAUCUCACACGUCGUUUGCGGCUCCACUCCCUCUCCCAGCACCCAGCCUCCGGGCGGCCCAGUGGCCACCGUGUCCACCCAGCCCCUGAGUGCCGCGGUAGCCCACGGAGCCACGGCCCGCUCCCUCUGUGCCCCCACCUCUCGCUCCAUCUCCCAGCCCGUGGGCGCCGCCGGCUCUCGCUCGCUGUGCGGCUCUCAGUGGAGCCCUUCCUAUGACACCACCACUCGCCUGGGCUCCGCCUGGGCUCCCACCUCCCGAUCGCUGUGGAGCCCCGAGGGGCGCUCGGGCUACUCCUCGACCCGUGCCACCUACGGCACACUUACACGCCCUCCGUACAGCUCCUUGAACCGCUCCUCCUACACCUUGUCCCGCUCUGGCUACGGCACCCUACCCCGCUCCAUCUCUCCCCCUGCCUAUGCCACGCUGACUCGCUCCGGGUCGUGCCCCUCGGGCAGUACCCUGGCUCUGGCAGGGUCCCGCAGGCCCUGGAGUCCCACAAGGAGCACUCUCACCUAUUUCAGACGCAAAUAUCUGUAA